ACUUGUUGGUGAUGUAUUGGUAUGUACAGCUUUCUUGUCUUACUGUGGACCAUUUAACCAAGAUUUCCGAGCCAUCCUCUUCAAGAACUGGUUUAAGGAACUGAAGACGAGAAAGAUACCUUUCACAUUAAAUCUCAACACUAUUGAUAUGUUGGUAGAUCCAAACACCAUUGCUGAGUGGAAUUUACAAGGUUUACCAAAUGACGAGCUGUCCACACAGAACGGUAUUGUUGUGACAAAAGCCUCACGCUAUCCUUUACUCAUUGAUCCACAAGGUCAAGGCAAGAACUGGAUCAAGUCUCGAGAAGCCCAUAGUGAAUUACAGCUGACUGCCCUCAACCACAAGUAUUUCCGACAACAUCUUGAGGACGCCAUGUCAUUGGGACGUCCACUCAUGAUUGAGGACAUUGCCGAGGAGUUAGAUCCAGCUCUGGAUAACAUUCUUGAAAAGAACUUUAUCAAAGUAGGUUCGACCUUGAAAGUAAAGGUCGGUGACAAGGAAUGUGACAUCAUGAAAGGAUUUAGUCUGUAUAUUACAACGAAGCUAUCAAACCCAAUGUACACACCAGAAAUCUAUGCGAGGACAUCUAUCAUUGACUUUGCUGUCACAAUGAAGGGACUUGAGGACCAGUUGCUAGGCCGUGUAAUCCUUACUGAGAAAGCUGAACUGGAGUCAGAAAGAGUGAAACUUAUGGAAGAUGUAACAGCCAAUAAGAAAAAGAUGAAGGAGCUAGAAGACAACUUGUUGUUCCGUCUGACAAGUACACAAGGGUCACUUGUUGAUGAUGAAGAUUUGAUAAAUGUGCUCCGUGUAACCAAGGCAACAUCACAGGAUGUGCAGCAGAAGUUACAAACAGCUGAUGAGACACAGUCUAAGAUAACGCUGGCUCGUGAAGAGUUCCGACCUGUAGCUACACGUGGUAGUAUCUUGUAUUUCCUCAUCACAGAGAUGAGCAUGGUGAACUGUAUGUACCAGACGUCACUGAAACAGUUCCUCGGACUCUUUGACCUUUCUAUGGCAAGGUCUACCAAAUCACCAAUCACACAGAAGCGUAUCACCAACAUUAUAGAGUUUAUGACAUUUGAAGUCUUCAAAUACGCUGUCCGUGGUCUGUAUGAGAAGGACAAGAUGACCUUCACCUUACUGCUGGCCUUGAAAAUUGACAUGGCAGCUGGCAAGGUCAAACAUGAGGAAUUCCUCACACUCAUUAAAGGUGGUGCCUCUCUUGAUUUGAAUGUGGUACAACCCAAACCACACAAAUGGAUCUUGGACUUGACUUGGCUUAACUUGGUUGAAUUGAGUAAUCUUCACCAGUUUUCUGGAAUCAUAGAUCAGGUUCAGAGAAAUGAGAAACAAUGGAAGCAAUGGUUUGACAAGGAUGCCCCUGAGGAGGAGGUAAUUCCAGAUGGUUACAACAACUCACUGGACGUGUUUCGUCGUCUGCUUCUAGUGCGAUCUUGGUGUCCUGACCGUACUCUCCCACAGGCUAGAAAAUUCAUUGCUGAUACCCUUGGAGAAAAGUAUGCUGAAGGUGUAAUCCUUGACCUUGAAAAGAUGUGGUAUGAAAGUCAUACUCGCUCACCACUGGUAUGUCUGCUCUCACUUGGGUCUGAUCCUACCAAUAAUAUUGAAGCAUUGGCCAAGAAACAUAAAAUUGAAAUCCGCGCCAUUUCUAUGGGUCAAGGUCAAGAGGUGCAUGCUAGACGUCUGCUGACAUUGAGUGUACAAAAUGGUGGAUGGUUGUUGCUACAGAAUUGUCACUUGAGUUUGGAUUACGUUGUUGAAAGUCUUGACGUUAUCAUGGAAACGGAAACGAUUCAUGAAGAGUUCAGAUUAUGGAUUACAACAGAAGAACAUCCCAAAUUCCCCAUCAGUUUCUUACAGUGUUCCAUCAAGUUCACUAAUGAACCCCCACAAGGUAUUAAGGCAGGUAUAAAACGAUCAUAUGCUGGCAUGACUCAGGACUUCUUGGAUAUCUCCAACAUGCCACAGUGGAAGCCAAUGCUGUAUGGUGUAGCUUUCUUGCAUACAGUCGUACAGGAGCGUAGGAAGUUUGGACCCCUUGGUUGGAAUAUCCCAUACGAGUUUAAUGCUGCAGAUUUUAAUGCCAGUGUACAGUUUGUACAGAAUCACUUAGACGACAUGGAUCUUAAAAAGGGAGUCAACUGGACAUGUGUACGUUACAUGUUUGGUGAGAUCCAGUAUGGUGGGCGUGUCACUGAUGACUUUGACAAGCGUUUGCUCAACACAUUCUGUAAAGUAUGGUUUGGUGAACCAAUGUUCAGCCCGACAUUUGUGUUUUACAAGGGCUAUGUUAUACCUAAAUGUACAAAGAUCGGAGAGUACAUGGAGUUCAUCAAUGCUCUAAAUAACACAGACACCACAGAGGUGUUUGGACUGCAUCCAAAUGCUGACAUUACGUAUUCAAGCAAGACAGCCAAGGUCAUUCUGGACACAGUAUUGAGCAUUCAGCCAAAGGAUAGUAGUGGUGGAUCUGGUGAGACUCGUGAGUCAAUCGUUACGAGAAUUUGCGAUGACAUGUUGGAAAAACUUCCCAGUGACUACAUUCGACUUUGAGGUGAAACAGAGGCUUCAGAAAAUGGGUCCUUUUUACAGCCAAUGAACAUUUUCCUGAGACAGGAAAUUGACAGAAUGCAGCGUGUAAUAUCGAUAGUCCGCUCUACGCUGCAUGAUCUUAAACUAGCAAUUGACGGUACCAUCAUUAUGAGUGAGAAUCUGAGAGAUGCCCUUGACAGCAUGUAAUGAUGCUAGAAUACCCAAAGUUU